GAUUAUGGCUGAAAAAAAAGGUUUUUGUCGUAAAUAAUCCCUGGCACAACUUCUUUGUCCGACAUUUUAGAUAAACUGCUGAAAAGUGUACACUGUGUGUACUGUGUACACUAUAACCUGGGAGAUAGGAGAUAUAUCGCUUGUCAAAGCAUUAUUAAAUGGUGUGACAAAAGAUUGCUAACUCGGAGAAUAAUGUGACAGAACUCACACUUAUUGCGAUAGAAUUUUCAAAUUUGCAUGUUAUCUAGCACUCAUUAUAAAUACUGGAACAGAAGUUUUUUCUUGUUUUAAUCAAUAUAUUUCCUAUGACAGUAACAUUUUCUGGUCAAGUUAAUUAUAAGAAGUGUGACAAUAAAUAUAAGUAAUGGGAGGUUUUUUUAGUGGUUUUCAUGGAACCUAUUUGUUCUUCGACAGCAUUUUACCAGAUUUGGAAGAAAUGUUUUUCUAACAGUGUACUUAUAUAGUUUGGGACCAGAUUUAACAAGGUUUAUCUAUUCUAAAGAAAGGAGUUUAUCAGCAAACUGUGAGAGCAGAGUACUUUAAACUGCUCCCUAAAGUACAGAACAGUUGUGAUGAAGGCUCAGGUUUGAACUUAAACUACUCCAAUAUCCUGGAAGAAUAUAGGACUAGGUCUAGAUGCUACCAAGAGAUAUUGGAAACCCUAGAAACCCCGGACAAUUGUUUCCUAUCACCACUCAGGAACAUGAUAAACCACAGUGGGAUCUUAGUGGGACGAAAUGAAUGCACAGCGGGACAAUAUCACACAAGUGCGUACCGUUUAAGAGCAGCGAUUGCCUCAUGCCCUGAACCAUGUAACAGUAUCAGGUUUAUAUCUAAUAAACUAGUGUACCCUGCUUUCUCUAUCAAACCUUGCGAUCACAUUGGAGGGAAUGUUGUUCUCGUAUACCAGGAAAAUUUCCAGAAAUAUUCUGAAGAGAAGUAUGUUUAUGAGUUCAUCACCUUUCUGGCGUCUAUCGGAGGAUACUUGGGCCUGCUGACCGGCGCAUCAGUUUUCACAGUCGGAGAAUUCAUCGCCACAACAAUAUUUUGGAUUUUCAGAACUUAGAUAUUAAUAUCUAAAAACAAGUUCGAAAGGAAAUGUUUUUAA